AGUUCCAAAUGAGAGGUGAGAGGUGCAGCAGUUCAGAAGAGCGCAGGAGGCCAGAGUUCCGUGCUGCAGAGAUAGGAAUGGUCUAGUGGCUGAGCAGAGCCAGAAGGAUGCUUUUCUCUGCAGGAUGGGCUUGUGCUGCCCAUCCCUUCCUACCCCGGUGUCGGGUCAAGUGAGCCAGGAGCCAGGGGAUGUUAGGAGGGAGGCAAGGAAGGAGGGGGGUGGAGAAGCCUCCGGACUGUGAAUCUGGCCGGCUCUGGAGCACACUGCAGCAAGCCUGCCCCCCUGAGGCCUGCCUCCCAGCCAGUGUGCCUGCUGCGGAAAGAUGCUCAGGGCUCACCGUGGACUUCUGGCUGCUUCCAAGCACUCUAUAAUGCUGAGUCACCUUGUGCCCACAUCACCUGUUUAUGAGAUUGAUGAUCCCAACAGCAGCCUCGAGGAGGUGAUGGAUGAGGCUGAUGCCAUCAGCUCUGUGAACAAUCUGGGAAGCAGACAAGCCUUGAAUGGAGAUUACCUGGGUUCUGAUUACCAGACAGGACAGCUGUACCCAUUCUCCCUCAGCAGUGACCCCCACACAGCCACGUUCACUCUCACAAAUGCAGCUCCGAUGACCCCCUCCUUCCAGAAGCGGUGGUACAUGAAUCUCAACAGCCUAAUGGACCGGGCCCUGAUCCCACACUGUGGCAAUGGGGAAGAGCUCUAUAUCCUCACAGGUGCCGUGCCCUCAGACCUCAAGGUCAAAGACAAAGUGACCGUCCCAGAGUUUGUUUGGCUGGCGGCCUGUUGUGCUGUCCCUGGAGGAGGCUGGGCCAUGGGCUUUAUCAAGCACACCCGGGACCGUGAAGUCAUAGAAGAUGUGAUGGUGAAAGAACUCGAGAAACUGCUUCCAUUCAACCCUCAGCUAUUCCAGAACAACUGUGGGGAAAGUGAACAAGACACGGAGAAGAUGAAGAAAAUCCUGGAAAUGGUAAACCAAGUCCAGAAUGAGGAGCGGAGGGUAGACUCUGAAGAGGACCCUGGGACCCUCUCCAGCACAAGGAGCACCACGUCUGCUCUGCCGCCUCCAGAGGCAUCUGGGGAAAGGAGUAGCCUUUUGGGAAAACUCUUGGGCUUCGUUGCUACCCCAUUCAUCAAGCUUUGCCAGUUAAUUUAUUGCCUUGCAGUCGGAAUCCUGAAGUACCUUGUGUGUUUCCUGUGGUAUGUCACCAAACAGGUGACUCGUGGUCUGGAAAAUUGCCUUUACCGCCUGGGGUCGGCCACCAUCUCCUACUUCUUGGCCAUUGGGGAGGAGUUGGCCAGCAUCCCCUGGAAGGUACUCAAAGUCAUGGUCAGGAUCACCAGGGCCAUUCUCCGCAUCCUUUGUUGCCUGACGAAGGUCGUUUGCCGUAUUGUGGGCAUCCCUGUCCGAGUCCUUGUGGAUGUGGCCACUUUCCCUGUGUAUACCAUAGGCGCAGUUCCAAUUGUGUGCAGGGACAUUGCAAUGGGGCUUGGUGGCAUCAUCUCUCUGCUCUUUGACACUGCUUUUGGGACCAUGGGUGGCCUAUUUCAGGUCAUUUUUACUGUCUGCAAGCGGAUUGGCUACAAGAUUUCUUUUGACAAUCCUGGGGAGCUAUAGAAAAAAAACUGAGUGCCCAGUCACAGUGAAUUUGAUUUUUUUUUUUUAAAUAGAGAAAGCUGGAAUACUUUGUCUAUAUAAUGGGUUUCUGGUCACUGUCAAUUAUUGUUAUAUUUUGGCCUUUGGCCGGGGUGUCUGCCUGUUUUUGCAAAGGAAGAUGAUACAAUUUCGACUUGACCCAAGAGAAAUGUUCAAGGUGAGAUUAUGUGUAGGUCACGUGCUGUGAUGUGGGGAAACUUCCAAGCCAUCACCUUCAGUUAUUCACUCGGAUACAGGUGACCACAUGAGAGACUCAUGUUCAUUUGUGAUAAUUAAAAAUUGCAGGAGAAGAAAGAAUCAGAAGGAGGACAACUUUAAACCAGAGGGCUUCCAAGAAAAGUAGAAAGGAAGCUUGUUCCUCCUAUUACUCUCUGAGAUUCAAGGCAAAACUGAUAUAAAUAUUCCUGGCCAAUUUGUUAUCAUUUUGCUUCUCUUUCUCCCCAACUCGGCUGACUUGAUGAGGUACAGACAUGUUUCCCUGCUGAAAUAACUUUCUUAGAAUAUAGAAUCUGCGGUAUCCCUUAGCUUUCCAUGGCUCCCAAGGACCUGUAAGGUUGUUUUGUUUUGUUUUGUUUCUCCAAAGUUGAAUUUUGCUGCAUUUUUUCUUUUAGGUAUUGAUAAGUAUUUUACAGCAAAUGUGGCAUAACAAAUUCUGAAUGCAAGGACUAAGGUCGUUUGCCCCUUGAAUACUAUAAUACAGCCCUCCCAGGAAUAAAAAAAGGGAGUGCAAAGGUCAGACCCCUGCUCUGAGUAGGUGCUGUAGGUCUGAGGACAUCCUUAGCUACCCUUGGAUUAACUUGACGUAUAUUAAAUCUCUGGCUGAGAAGACAGAGCUCAAAGACCUACAUGUUAAGCUAAUAGGAAAAUUCAUAUUCUGCAACAUACUAGAUCAGUCUUUCUUACACUUCAGCCAAGUACCCAGUACAGUAAAACACUCUAACUUCUGUCCUUAAAUGAUUGUUUUGGUAUAAAGGUAUAAAAAAAGAGCCACAAAAUAAAAACUCUUCUGGCCAUCUCGGAAAAAAAAUCCAUAUACAUAUAUAUCUAAGUUUAUAUACGUAUAAACUUGAUUCAGAAUCAUUAUCUCAGGAAAUUAUUUUUAUAGUGUGUUUGAGGCAGGAAAACAUAACCCUCCUAUUCAUGCAAGUUCUAUGUGAGAGCAAAUCCCCAAUUUUUUGAUCACGCACCUGUCAUUUUAAAUCUUGCACUAAAGAAUUGCUGUGGGAUAGAAAAGGACCAAGGGUAAAGUACUGAUUUGGGGGGUGCAGACCACCAAGUAUCUGAAACUUUGAUGCAGAAACUUGGGGUCCAGAAAGGCAACCAGGAGAAAAGGGUGGAUAAACCAUUUGCAUCAAGUUGGUGGACAAGAAAUGUGAGUGUAAUGAGAGUUACGUUUUGUAGAAAAAUAAUUGAAUCGGACCCAAACUAGAAGAGCAGGCGGCAAGCUGCCACCCUCAUCAAUUUGUGCUGCAAGAUAGGGAAGCAUGACACCAGAAUGUGAAUGUGUCUAGAUCACCUAAGACUCUAACACUUCUGUUUGUGAGCAUAAAAGUUCAUGGUUGGGCUUUCCUUCAUUUUAGCAGCGUGAAGGUACAUGGAGGAGCAAGGGUUUACCUUGGUACUGGUGGGUCAAGAAUCCUGCUGGAUGAAAGAAAGGGAAUUUCAGAAGGUACCAGCAAGAUGGUCUGACCAAAACCUCACUUGAUGAGGAAGCUGAGGCCUGAUGCUGGCUGAUGGCAGACUAGGAGCCAAGGUCUUCUGCACAUGUUCCAUCACACCUGGGGUGUCAGGUCUGUGGUCCAGCUGCCUCCCUGCACUGGGGCAGAGGUUUCUCCAUCAUCCAUCAGACAGACUAGGCUCUGAUGAAUCAAAUGGGUUUGGCCUUUAUGAUGAAACAACUAGCUUUCCCUGCAUAACAUCAUGCUUACUGCCUCCCAUGGAAUCAAUAUCCCCUCACAGUACUUAUUUGCAUACUGAAAGGCCCAAAGAGGGCAUCCAGGGCAGCUUGAGCCCCUUGGCACCAUGGAAGGAGAAGGGCAUCUUAACUGUUUCUUGAGAACCAUUUGAAAAUAUCUUUCUUUUUAGUUCUAGUUGUAUAAUAUCUUAUUUAUUUACUAUGGUGUGGCCUAUUUUGAAAUCUGGAAAGGGAUAAUAAAGGAAGAAAUAUCCCUAAGGUUAGGUGGCCGAGACCCUCUGCUCCGGACCGCUGCUAUUGGCUGUGCCUCUGGUUCAUUGGCUCCAGCAGGUGGCUGGACUGCUGGCCUGUUCCCAAUGAGCUGCUUUGGGCUUUGGGGUGGGAGUUUGGGUUGAUGAGCCCUGUCUCUGGCUCGAAGAUUUUUCUGUGGCUUCAUUAUAUUCUCAGGCCUUUGGGGACAUCAGCUAACUCUUCAUCAUUAUGGAGCUGAUUUUCUAGUCUGUGGAUCAGCCACGCCUUUGGACACUCCUGUUUUCCAUUGUGCCUUUUGAGUGUUUGCUUCUCGCUCAGCAUCAGCACUUGCCCCUAAGUGCAGACGACGGGGUCGGGAGAAGGAGCUAGAGUGAAACACUGGUCAUUCAUUCAGUCAUUCAUCCAUCAAACGUAUACCUGAACAUCAGAGUUGCAGAGAUCGAUAAUGCAUGGAUCCCAUGUUUGAGGAGUUCAAACAUCUAGUGGGGAGGCCAUGGUGCAGUUGAUCCGUGUACCACAUCUGGGAAGCCUGAGAUGGUACUAGCAGCCUGAGCCCUGGAGCACAGCAGGAAAAAACCACAAAACCAUGGGCAUUGGAAACGCCUUUACAGAGGGUGUGACAAAAGUCAGUUAGACAUUUUCAAGCUCUGUACCAUGCUGUGCGCCUUGCAAUGCUCAAUAAAGUAAUUGUUGACAACU